CGCUCGCAUCUCGCAUUCUUAAAUUGUAAACGGCGAGUGCAUAGACAAGAACGCUCCGGUGAAUUUAAAAAACGAAUAUUGAAGUUGUGAUAUGUUUUCAAUUGAUAAUGAUCUUGAUAAAUUUUAAAUUGAUCAUUAAAAUUUUAGUGUUGUAAUUGCUAGUUCUGUGAUGUGUUUUAUUUUGAAAUGCCUAGAAAACGUAUAAAUAAAUCACCCGUAGAAAAGCGCGAUGAGGGUGAUGAUGACGAUUUUUUCUUUGACGAUACGCAGUCAAGCUCUGGCCGUAGUACACAAGAACCACAGCAUAGAAAUGCAGCCAAUGCAAGAGAACGGGCUAGAAUGAGAGUAUUGUCAAAGGCAUUUUGCAGGUUGAAGACUACUCUUCCAUGGGUGCCAGCUGACACUAAGCUAUCAAAAUUGGACACUCUGCGGCUGGCUGCAUCAUACAUCGCCCACCUACGCGCGCUUCUACACGAGCCACGAUCUGCGCAUACGCCGCCUCACCCACUGAGUCUGGCAUGGCCGUUCACUUUCCAACAUGGAGGGACCAUAGGCUGUUCAAUAUCACAAAGAUGGAACUUCAAUGGACAAUUAAGCGAUUCGACAAAUCGAAAUAACACACAAUCGAGAAACGACAAUCACAGCAACGACUGCAUCGAACAAUACGGUCAGGAGUAUUUAGACAAUGAAUACGAAGACAAGGGAUAUGACGAUGCUAUGAACGAAUCGACACACAUACAGUACUGUGAUUAUUCAUACAAGGACAAUUAUUACGAAAUGAGAUCGUAUUCAUCGGAGAAUCUUAUGAACAAUGUUUAAUUUCUGACAAGAGUUAUUAGUCUUUAAUGAAAAAGAAGAUGUGCGAAUAUCGAAGUUCAUAACGUCCUUUAUUGUUUAAAACCAAAGAUAACUUACCUAUUUAAAAUGUAUUAAAUUAAGAAAGUAAAUAAGCUGAAUAAUAAAU